UACAAUUUGUACAAUGACUGUACAGCCUGUACACUAAUACAGGUUCUCAGCAGUAAAGAGUUUGUGCGGUAACAUUUGCUAUGGAAUGUUCCUGCUGAUGUUUGGCCACUUCCUGUGAUUGUGUUCUGACCCAAACACUCGGCUGUUGAUUUUGGCUGAAGCUCAAAACUUUUAGCUCUUGCAGAUGCGUAUGUGUAUUUAUGAUGAGGCGAACUUGCUAGUUUUUCCUUAACAGUAAUUGUCUACAGUGCAAACCAGGCUUCACAUUGCAACCAUCAUGAACUAGUACUUCAGUAUAUACAGAAUAGAAGCAAAACAUUCAGGCGAAGUGACUUCAGCAUCAUCUGAUCUUGUUUCCGAACACCCAUGAAUCAUGAGACAAACAGCAGCAAUCAGGAGGUGAACUCUGAGGCUCAGUCAAGGUCAGUGAUGCUUCAACAUCAGGACCAAACUUUGAACUAUGGAGGACGAGGCGGCUCCAACAGUAGCUCUCCGUCUCACGUGCAAAACAGGAAGUUGGACAAAGACGGCAACUUCAACUUCCUGUCUGGCAGCAGUGAAAACGGCUACUCAAUGACCGGAGGGGACGAAAACCGAAACCAGGCACGACCACGUAACCAGGGCCCGAUGGGUCGCGAUCCUCCCAACUGCUCGCCGUCCUCAGGGUAUCACGGCAACUCCAGCCUGCUGUCGCCUCGCUCCCGCAUGCCCUGCUGGACCCAGCUGGAGCCGCUGCCUGAAAUCGAGACGGGAGAUGAUGGGUUUGGGCGUGUCCCUCCUGACGGCGCGGAAGAACGGAGAAUGGAGGGAGAGGAGGGACAGAUGAUGAUGUACCUGAAGGAAGAGAAGCAGCGUGGGAAAAUCCUGAAGCAGAGAGAGAAGAGCAGUUUUGGAUUCAAAGGAGAUGAAGAUGACGAUGAGUGGGGGGACAGCGACUCUGGGUCUGAGUACAGCGUCCGAUCUGGAGGAAGCAUGUCCUCCCUCAACCUGGAGAGCGGAGGGGAGGGCAUGCUUGGAGAGUGCUGGGAUCGGGUUGGAGUUGGCGAACCCAGGUCCAGCUCACAGGAAGGAGGCCAUGUCCAGCACAGCAACAGAGAGUACCGCUACUUGAACCGCAAGUCAGCGAGCAAUCUGGAGGAGCUGGAGGAAGGGAUGAACAAGCGCGACGACGAUCAGAGCUCAGACUCGGACGACGACAUGCCGGAGCUGAUGGAUGCCGUCUGGACACUGCGGGACCGCGAGCGCUUCAAGGCCCAGGAGAUGGAGAAGCAUCAGGUGCAGCUGACCAUGUACCGCCGCCUGGCGCUGAUCCGGUGGGUCCGCACGUUGCAGAGCCGUGUGGAGGAGCAGCAGAACCGGCUUCAGUCCACCUUCGACGUCAUCCUCACGCACAGGAAGGAGCUUCUGCGUAUGGGCGCUGCCGUCAACAACACCACUCCCGCCCCCGCCCCGGCUGUCGCCCAGUCAUAGACCUUCUCUCACACAGUGAUUCAGAAUCCUGCCAGUCAGUGUGUUCGUCACUCAUCUUUGUGUGUUACGUGUCAACUCUUCUGGAGAGUUUGUAUAUAGGUGUUUAAUGUUGUCUUAUCUGUGAAUAAAAUGCCUGCUGAAGCAAAGAGAACAUAUCACAUUCCAGAGAUGAUUUAUACCCUGUGGAUGAAGAUGAUGGAUUAAAAAGUAUAUCUGAAA